AUGGACGAAAAGACAGGUAUGCAGUUUGUUGUAAAAGUUGAAGACGAAGCUACAAAAAACCACAAGCAAAACGAACAUGACAUUGUAACUGGCUAUAUGCCUGCUAUAAACGAUGACAAGUACUGCCCAGUAAAAAACUUUAUUAAAUACACUCAAGCCCUGACCCAGACUCUGAAAAGUUGUGGCAGACCCCUAAAUACAAUGUAUUUUCCACUAUUGGCCAAGAGAUAUGGUAUGGCCCAAGAAAUGUUGGCCACAACAAACUGGACAGGUUCAUGUCUAACCUUGCAAAAAACUGUACAUUGAAAGACAAAGGCUACACUAACCACAGCCUUCGAGCAUCUGGACUAACAACCUUGAAACGCAACGACUAUAAUGAUAAGCAAAUCAUGUCCGUUACCGGGCCACAGAAGCAGUGCAAGUUUGAACAUAUAUCAGAAAGUUGCAUCAGAUGAAAAACUUAGAAUGGGUUUAACACUUGGCUAUGCACUUACUGGAGAUCCUAGCUGUCUGACGAAAGAAAACGAGGUAGCCUAGCUGUGUUUACCAGCAGCAUCCUCGUGACAACCACCCCAAACAAUCAUCCAAUGCAACCCACCUUUCUUUCCGUACCACUAACACUGGAAACCAAAUUGUGCCUCUUCACAAGCGACAAGCUCCCCGUUUCACAGAAACUGCAACAAUUACCAAACGACCAUGUCUGCACAAUAUCCAGAUAGCAAACUCUUCAAGUUCUAUAACAGCAAAGCCUCGAGCAAAGCAGUCUUCAACAUAUGAUGACUCAAUGUUCGAAGAAAACAAUGCAGUUAGCGAUGCAGAGUUGCUGAAAGCAGUAAAUGAGUACGAAGAAGCUACAAUAUCAGAGAAUGUUCAAUUCAUGCAGUCAUCUCAGACGGACUCAAACAAAAUACAGUGCAUUUCCAGGCAAAUAUUGAAGAAGAUGAGCCCACCUACAUUCAGUACUAAUUGCAAAAUUGAAGGUUGA